GUACAACCGCGGGGUGUGUGUGAUUAUGUUGCCCACGCACGCCGUUUCGCUUUCUGUCCAAUGGAGGGCAGCGGAGAGGCGCGUCUCUGGCGUUUCUCUUGAAACCACGCUACAGACAAACCGAGCGCACUGAGAAGGAAUCACACAGCACCGGAGCUGAUAGAAACAGCAGACGAGAGCAAGCAGGCAGGCAAGGCGCUCGGCUUCCACGUUAACGUAUAAUAGUAUAUAUUAACUUUUUUUGUUGUAAUUAAAAACACGCUCCACAGGCCGUCUUUGAACGGGCGGAAGCUCACAGGCGGACCGACUUUUAAGAGAAAUCAGUAAUCCUCGAGAGGACAGCCAGGGAGCCAGGCACCAGGCUUGACAAGGAGGAGACGGGGAAACAUGGCUGUAACAACCUGUACGCGAUUCACGGACGAAUUCCAGCUAUACGAAGAGCUGGGCAAGGGAGCAUUUUCCGUGGUGCGCAGAUGUGUCAAGCUGUGCACUGGCCAGGAGUAUGCUGCUAAAAUCAUCAACACCAAAAAGUUAUCUGCGAGAGAUCACCAGAAACUGGAACGGGAGGCCCGGAUCUGUCGCCUGCUGAAGCACUCCAAUAUAGUUAGGCUCCAUGACAGUAUAUCAGAGGAAGGCUUCCACUACCUCCUGUUUGACUUGGUCACUGGAGGGGAGCUGUUCGAGGACAUCGUAGCCAGGGAGUACUACAGUGAGGCCGACGCCAGCCAUUGCAUCCAGCAGAUCCUGGAGGCGGUGCUUCACUGCCAUCAAAUGGGUGUGGUGCACCGGGACCUGAAGCCAGAGAACCUGCUCCUCGCAAGCAAAUGCAAGAACGCGGCGGUGAAGCUGGCCGACUUCGGCCUGGCCAUCGAGGUGCAGGGGGAGCAGCAGGCCUGGUUCGGGUUUGCAGGGACACCGGGGUAUCUGUCUCCUGAAGUACUGAGGAAGGAGGCAUACGGCAAGCCGGUGGACAUCUGGGCCUGCGGGGUGAUCCUGUACAUCCUGCUGGUGGGUUAUCCUCCUUUCUGGGACGAGGACCAGCACAAGCUGUACCAGCAGAUCAAGGCUGGCGCCUACGAUUUCCCGUCUCCUGAGUGGGACACGGUGACCCCCGAAGCCAAGAACCUGAUCAACCAGAUGCUGACCAUCAACCCAGCCAAGAGGAUCACCGCGCAGGAGGCCCUCAAACACCCAUGGGUCUGCCAACGUUCCACCGUGGCGUCCAUGAUGCACAGACAGGAGACCGUGGAGUGCCUGAAGAAGUUCAACGCCAGGAGGAAACUCAAGGGCGCCAUUCUCACUACCAUGCUGGUGUCUCGGAACUUCUCUGUUGGCAGCAGACAGUCCACCGCUCCAGCGUCGGUCACGGCGGCGGCGGCUGCGGUGGCUGCCGCGGCCGGCACCACCGCAGGGCUGGUGGAACAAGCAGCCAAGAGCUUACUCAACAAGAAGGCAGAUGUGAAGAAGCGCAAGUCCAGCUCCACUGUGCAGUACAUGCCUCAGACAAACAGCACCAAGAGCAGCAUAGUCACCAGCCCAAAGGGAAACGUCCCGACUCCUGCUCUGGAGCCACAGACUACUGUCAUCCAUAACCCAAUGGAUGGGAAAAAGGAAUCGUCUGACAGCAGCAACACCACUGUUGAAGAUGACGAUGUGAAAGGGAAGAGUAUAGAGAACAGUCCAGUUAAGAGCAAGACGAGCACCGGCUCCCAGCCAGAAUUCUCUCAGGGCCCCUCACCUGCUGCCUACUCGGUCACAAAGUUUGCGGACCUCCUCGGCUCUGUGCGUAAGGCCCCAGGUCCGGUGUCCGAAGGGGAAGGGGGGCCCGGCGCCCCGCCCGCCCUCACCGCACCCCCCCAGCCCCACGCCCCCGCAGUCCCCAUGCAGAUGUCACGGCUCACAGACCUGGUGAGUAGCGUGCGCAGGGUGCCGGCCCCGGCCCCUCCCCCCGCUGCCCCUGAGGCGGAGGCUCCGCCCCCCAGGCCCGCCGCGGCUCCCGCCCACGCCACCUCGCCACAUCCCUCGCGCUCCCCACCCAGCCCCUCCCUUUCCUCCUCCCAGACACGCAAGCAAGAAAUCAUCAAGAUCACGGAGCAACUGAUAGAGGCGGUCAAUAAUGGGGACUUUGAAGCAUACGCUAAGAUCUGUGAUCCCGGGCUGACCUCGUUCGAACCAGAGGCCCUGGGGAACCUCGUGGAGGGCAUGGAUUUCCAGAGAUUCUACUUUGAGAACCUCCUGGCCAAGAACAGCAAGCCCAUCCACACCACCAUCCUCAACCCCCACGUGCACCUGAUCGGCGAGGACGCGGCCUGCAUCGCCUACAUCCGCCUCACCCAGUACGUGGACGGCCAGGGCCGGCCGCGCUCCAGCCAGUCGGAGGAGACGCGCGUGUGGCACCGCCGCGAGAGCCGGUGGCAGAACGUGCACUUCCACUGCUCGGGCGCGCCCGCCGCCCCCCUCCAGUGAGGGGUCCAAGCGCCACCUCGGACCGCAAGAGGUGUGUUUCUGGAGAGAGAGAGAGAGAGAGAGAGAGAGAGAGAAGAGAGAGCGAGCGUGGGAGAGAGAGAGAGAGAGAGAGAGAGAGAGAGCGAGCGAGUGAGAAGAAGAGAGAGCGAGAGACGAGGCUGACUGGAUGGAAGAAAAUGUCCAGUGCCAUAGGGAGGAAGAGGGGGGAGAUGUGUGUCUCUGCCUCCUGGAACACCGCGGGAAAAAAAAACCACACACCUGGAUUCCAUCCCCGACUCCACCCUCUGCCUCCCCAAAGGCGUUUCUCUUUUUCUUUCACUGAUACUGCCCCCUAGUGUGAAUCCCCUGCACUGCACCAGCCCACCGUCACCAACAGCAACCACCACCCACCUAGGUGUCCAGGUAACUAACAUACUGUGCCUCUCAAACUGACUCCAGACAGAGAGGCAUCGGAAGGAUGGUGGUGGUGGUGGUGGUGGUGGUGGUGGGGGGGGGGGGGUUGGAUUAAAGAAAAAAAAUUGAUCUUGGUGUGCGUUUCCAGAUAUGGUCUCCCAUCCCCCUCCUCCUAUGUUACCAUGCCAACCCCUGUGUUGCUCCCCUGUGAAUGACAUAACACAUUUGUGACAUAAACACCGCACUGGAAAUAAAAUAUGUAAAGUUUUAAGUCAAAUAUAUUAUCAUUAUGUAUUAUUCAUAUUAUAACUGAUUAAUAUUAUCAUCAUCACACAAUUGCAAAUGUAUAUGUAAUUUGUAUAAUUCAGAUUUCCUGAUGCCAGUGGUUUCUAGAUUUUAAUAUUAUCUUCGGUUUUUUUCUUUCUCUAUCUUUAUAAGAAAGCAUGUUUUUCUCUCUCGGUAUUCAUAGUGGCUGUUUUAUAUUGUGGCUAUUAAGUGGACAAUUGAUAUGGACGUUUUUUUUGUAAAUUGCUUCUCGUAAGUAGCCUAUAUUAUCGUACUCGUGUUCAAUUAAACCUUUUUGUUCUUUUUGGAAGGGGUUCGUGAUGGGUGUCCAGAGUGUGUGCAGGAGAGAUUGGACAGCUUGCGUCUCUGGUUUUCGUAUUACAUUUAUUGUACUUAUAAUAGUUCGGUUUAAGGAUCUAAUGUUUUUGUUGCAAUAUCAGCUGCUGGAGAUGGGUCGAGCGAAGUCUGGCGUCUUCCCGGUUGAAUUGUGAAAAAAAUUUACGUCGAGCAUGAGUGGCGAUGGGUUAGGCCUCCGUUAUUUAAGUUUUAACAACAUUGUUGUUUUGUGUGCGGAACAGCGUCUCAAGAGAAGCCCAGUGAUCAGAAUAUAUCCAUUAGCACUGCUGUGGUAGAAUCUGAAAGUUGAAUAUGUUUCAAACCUAUUCGGCUGCGAGUACAUAUCGUAGCCUCGCCUUAACAUCCCCACUGAUGCUCUCUGAUAGCGUUUUACAGUGAACGCUUUCGCCGACCUAGAUAGAGCGUUUAAAUAGCUUUAACACAUUAUUUAUGUCACUGGAAAAACGCACUGCCAGCUGGCUGUCCCAGCGAGGAUCAGAAAAUAUUCUCGCACACAUAUACCAAGUUCACAGGCGAACGGUGCAAUAACUGGUGCUGAGAGACAUUCUGGAUUAUUAUUAUUAUCUUGAAAAGUUGGUGAUGACAGUUUUUAAUUUUCCUCCAAGAACAUGAUGGGAACUGUGAGUGGAAAGGUUUUGCUACCGCUGCCAUGAACUAGUGCAGAAGAGGGUAAGUCUCUCCCUUAGUGUGUGCAUCCUUCACAGCAGGUAAAGCGUGUGUGUGUGUGUGUGUGUGUGCGUGCGUGCGUGCGUGCGUGCGUGUGUGUGUGUUUUGCGAGAAUAUAAGUUAGAAGUGGAAGGCUUUAUUUCCGAGGACACAUCAGGCCUCUGCCAUCGCCCUGCUGACUUACUAUCCUAAUGAUUUAAGUGUUUUUCAUAAAUUGUUGUCGUCAUACAUUUUUAAUGAAAUGCUCUUUGAGCCGUGUUAAGUGUUUUUAGCUUUUCUUUUGGCACCUUUUAUGUUCUCACUUGUGGCAAGGGUGCUAUGUAGAGAUUGACAGACCUGCUAGCCAAUCAGAGGGCUUGGUGGAUGACCAUGUGCAACUGGCAGUGUGCUGUGUCUUGGUGGGAACUUUUGGUGGGAAGGACUUAAAGAAAACAUGUGUAGGACAGCCCACGAGGCACCGCACGCGGUUUCUUUUGGCGGUAAGACCUCAGGUUUGUAUUUAUUUUUGUUUAUUUAUUUAUUUAUUCGAGCAAAUCCUUUUUUUUUUGGGGUUUAGUUUUACGUCUGAUCGUGCAAUUACUGUUUGAAAUUGAACAAAAGGGGACUUAGCUCCGUGUAUAAACAGUCAAAGUUUUGAGUUGACUUGACCUUCAUCGAGCUGACCACCAUGGACACUUUUUUUUUUUUCUUCUUCUUCUGUCGUUGAUUUCUAAAUGACUUGUUUCACAAUCUUAACAUAAUGCAACAUUUUUCAAGCCACAAUGAGGUUUGACCUGUUGUGGAUACUGGGUAACAAUCUAUUGUGCUGUGCAAAUAGUUGUGUGAUGUCACGCGCCCACUGACGGUGGGUCUUUUUGGGUUGGAGCCUGGUUCCUGAUUCCAUGGUCAAUGGUUGUGUGUUUUGAAAGGCGUUCUUGUGUCCAUGUUAGCGUGUGAACAGGCCUCGACUCCUAACCGACCCCCUCCAAAAAUGUAGAACAAGCAGCAUGUACAUUAUAAAGGUGGUGUUCUUUUCUUUUCUUAGUGUGAUAACAAGCCUUGGUGAUCAGUAUAAUAGGAUAUCCAUGUUUAAAACGAGGCAGUACACAGUAUACACAACUGCACACUGAAUAUAACAGCACUGUAGCUGGAAUUUUGUUGACAUGGCAUGACCGUCAAUGGAACACAUGUUUUUUGGUUUUUCCCUUUUUCAUUUGGUCUAUUUUCUACUGAAUGCUGUUAUACUUAACCUCUCUCUAUACAUUUUCUGAGCUUUUUAAGUGCAUAUAGCUAUUUUUGUCUCAAGAUGAUAUAAUGAAGAUGAUAUUGAUGUUAUGGAGGAUUAUAUUAAUGACAUAGGCACUAGGGAUGACUUUGAGGAUGACUGUGAUGUAACUGAUGAUCAUUUAGCAUGCUUUUCUAUUGGGGCCCUGUGUUGUCGGUGCAAACGGUCUGUCUUUUCUUAAAAGGAUCAGAGGGUCACUUUUAACUCUCCCUGAUUCAUGGCACUUACAUCGAAUCCACUGCUUACAAUGUGCAAGAUAACAUACAUACAUCAAAAUAAUUUAAAAAAAAUCAUGUAUUUCUCCAUUCAGCAUCCCUUUACUUACUUCCAGUGUUAUAACUCAAUAAGGCAGAAAGGAGAAAUCAGGAAAGAAUAAAAAAAACAUUGAAUCUAUUUUGUUGUAUAUUUUGCAGUUAAAGAUGCAGGGAAUACAUUAAGCUGUUUCCCCUUUUGCACUAGAUGUACCCAGAGUAUGAUACAGUAAAGGCAGUAGGUCUUUCUACAAAGUGAGGGAAAGUGCUAUCGCUCCAAGACCAUGGUCAUCGCCCUCCCUUCUGCUCCCUCUCUCUCUCUCUCUCUCUCCCCAGCGACCUAUGCCAGUUGCACUGACAAUACAGAGGCUAGUUUCCUCGUGUAGGGUUUCCCCAGAUCUCUCCCGGUGUUUUUUUCCGUUCCAAUCCAUAGUCGGCCAUCGAUCCGCAGAUCACGGCUCUUAUAGUUCCUCCAUUGUCUUUUCUUUCUUUUUCCAUGUCGGUUUGAUUUUCUUCUUCAGUGUUAAAUCUACUAGUGGUCCUCUAGGUCUCAGAUUCUCUGGAUUAUUGCUCUGUUCUCUUAACGUGCUUCACGUAAUUCUCUUACUUCAAGACAAUGUGUUAAAAGUGUUAUCAAUAAACUGAAGAUUUAAAUAUAAAUUAUGCUCGCCGCCUUUGGUUGACACACACACACAAACAACUCAAUUUAUAAAGUGAUGAGGUCCACUGGUUAGGAUAUGAUUUAAUUUUGAGAAAGUUUAUCCCUUUACGUUGGUCGACAGUCAGUCAAUGCAUUUGUAAUGUGGAUUAUCCAGAGGUUUUAUUUCAAACAUAACUUUUCAGACUAGUUUUUGGCUGGUUCUUGUCAUUUCAUGUCAGGGCCUGCUGGCCGCCAAGGCCUUAUGGGACACAAGUUAAAAUGUUUCCAAAUGUCCACAGCAACCCAAAAAGAACUGUUGCUAAAUUUAUUUUGACAGCAACACAUUUACAUGGAACAGAUACACGUAAGCCUGCACUAUAUAAACUUUCACUGCGGAUAUCAUUUUUGUUCUAAAUGUUGUGACAUGAGUCUACACGAUUAAGCAAAUCAGGCCAGAUGAACCCAGGGAUUUCGCUCACAAUCAACUUUGGUUGAUCAUCGUAUACAUAUUUAAUGAGAUACUUUAUAGCUAAGCACACUAGCGACCUCUCAUGGCCAGAAUAAUCUCCAGAAAGCAUUGGCUUUUUGGCACGACAUUGUGUCAUUAUAUUUCUAUCGAAUGGAUGGAUUGCUUUUGUUCCACAGACAUUUAAUAACUUGCAUUAUGUUUGACUAACCCUGGAGCGAAAAAGUAGAUUCAAAGAAGGAUCAAAUCAUACCAUUAAAAAAAAAAAAGUA